UCUGUUCAGUGUCAACACGAGACGACAACAAGCUCGCUGUGAGCUCUUGGCAGUCGUCACGAAACAACAACUCUAAUUUUGAAUCUCUCUGAACUCUGAAGCUUUACAAAAUCUACCAAAUAAUUACGCUAGGGUUUUCAAAUUAACACAAUGGCGGCGACUUCUAAAAAAUCGCAGAAGAGGAAGUCGAAAGACGGACCAAAGCUUAACAAAGCGUCCAAGAAGCCGUUCAAAGCCGCGAAGAAAGAGUCGAGUGACGCCGCUGCUUUGCAGCUUGCGGACGACGAUGUUCCCGUCUUUCCUCGAGGUGGGGGAAGUACUUUGAGUCAAAGAGAGCGGGACGAAAUCUAUGCUGAAGUUGAUGCGGAACUUGAGGCGGAGGAGAGGGGCUUAAAUAAGAAGAAGAAGAAGAAGAAGUUGCAGAGGAAGAGUAAUGAAGCUGUUGAUGAUUUGGGUUCACUUUUUGGCGAUGGUAUUACUGGCAAACUGCCUAGAUAUGCCAAUAAGAUUACUUGGAAGAAUAUUUCACCUGGAAUGAGGCUUUGGGGAGUUGUUGCUGAAGUGAAUGAGAAAGACCUUGUAAUAAGUCUUCCAGGGGGCUUACGUGGAUUAGCUCGUGCCACUGAUGCGCUCGAUCCUGUUUUAGAUACUGAAGUUGAGGAUAGUGAAGGUAAUCUCCUUCCAACUAUAUUCCAUGUUGGGCAGCUGGUUUCUUGCACUGUUUUGCAGUUGGAUGAUGACAAGAAAGAGAAUGGGAAAAGAAAGAUCUGGCUUUCUUUGCGCCUUUCUUUGUUGCACAAAGGCUUUACCUUGGAUGCUGUUCAAGAAGGAAUGGUCCUUACUGCAUAUGUGAAGAGCAUUGAGGAUCAUGGUUAUAUUCUUCAUUUUGGAUUGCCUUCUUUUACUGGGUUUUUGCCAAAAAAAAGCCAAGCUGAAAGCAGGGGGAUUGAAGUGAAGCCUGGGCAACUUUUACAAGGUGUUGUUAGAAGCAUUGAUAGAACUCGUAAAGUGGUUUACCUGAGUUCUGACCCAGAUACAGUGUCUAAAUGCGUAACCAAAGAUCUUAAAGGAAUUUCAAUUGAUCUUCUGAUUCCAGGCAUGAUGGUCAGUGCUCGUGUACAGUCAAUCCUUGAAAAUGGAAUAAUGUUAUCGUUCCUCACAUACUUCACUGGAACUGUUGACAUAUUUCAUUUACAAAAUACAUUCCCUACUACAAACUGGAGGAAUGACUACAGUCAAAAUAAGAAGGUUAAUGCUCGGAUAUUAUUCGUUGAUCCCUCUAGUAGAGCUAUUGGUUUGACCCUGAAUCCAUAUCUUCUUCACAACAAAGCUCCUCCUUCACAUGUUAAAAUUGGAGAUAUUUAUGAUCAGUCAAAAGUGGUUAGGGUUGAUAGAGGGCUGGGUCUGCUUCUUGACAUCCCUACCACUCCAGCAUCAAUUCCGGCAUAUGUCAGUAUAUCUGAUGUUGCUGAAGAGGAAGUGAAGAAACUGGAAAAAAAGUACAAGGAAGGAACCCGUGUUCGUGUUCGAAUUCUUGGGUUUAGGCACUUGGAGGGGCUUGCAACUGGGAUUCUGAAGGCCAGUGCUUUUGAAGGGUCAGUGUUUACCCACUCGGAUGUCAUGCCAGGGAUGGUGGUGAGGGCUAAAGUGAUACAUGUUGAUAGUUUUGGUGCUAUUGUGCAAUUUCCUGGAGGUGUGAAGGCACUUUGUCCGCUUCGACAUAUGUCAGAAUUUGAAAUUGUGAAGCCUGGAAAAAAAUUUAAGGUUGGGGCUGAAUUGGUGUUCCGCGUGCUUGGUGUUAAAUCAAAGAGGAUUACAGUUACGCAUAAGAAAACACUGGUGAAAUCGAAGCUUGGAAUUGUAAGUUCAUAUGCUGAUGCGACUGAUGGAUUGAUAACGCAUGGAUGGAUAACGAAGAUUGAGAAGCACGGUUGCUUUGUCCGGUUUUACAAUGGAGUCCAAGGCUUUGCUUCUAGAUCUGAGCUUGGAUUAGAUCCUGGGUGUGAACCAAGUUCUAUGUAUCAUGUUGGACAAGUUGUCAAAUGCAGAGUAGCGAGUUCUAUUCCUGCUUCACGACGCAUCAACCUUAGUUUCUUAAUGAAGCCUAUAAGGGUUUCUGAAGAUGAUUUGGUCAAGUUGGGUAGCAUAGUUUCUGGAGUGGUUGAUGUAGUAACCCCCAAUGCAGUAAUCGUGUAUGUUAAUGCUAAAGGUUACUCGAAGGGUACAAUUUCUACUGAACAUUUGGCAGACCACCAUGGGCAUGCUACUUUGAUGAAGUCAGUCAUAAAGCCUGGGUAUGAGUUUGAUCAGCUGCUGGUCCUAGAUAUUGAGGGCAACAGCUUGUUACUCUCUGCGAAAUAUUCUCUAAUCAACUCUGGCCAACAGCUUCCUUCCGAUGUCAGUCAUAUCCAUCCCCACACGGUUGUCCAUGGGUACAUUUGCAACUUAAUUGAAACUGGUUGCUUUGUCCGCUAUCUUGGGCGCCUGACUGGCUUUGCUCCUAGAAGCAAGGCAAUGGACGACCAGAGAGCUGAUCUUUCGAAAGCUUUUUAUGUUGGGCAAUCUGUUCGCAGCAAUAUAGUUGAUGUCAAUAAUGAUACAGGUAGAAUUACACUGUCUUUGAAGCAGUCAUGCUGUUCCUCAACAGAUGCAUCCUUCAUUCAAGAAUACUUCGUAUUGGAAGAGAAGGUUGCAAUGUUGCAAUCAUCAGACCCCAAAGGAUCAGAGUUAAAGUGGGUGGAAGGAUUUACCAUUGGCAGUGUCAUUGAAGGCAAAAUUCAGGAGGCAAAGGAUGUUGGAGUGGUUGUCAGUUUUGAAAAACACAGUGAUGUUUUUGGCUUUAUUACUCAUUAUCAGUUAGGUGGAGCUAUCGUGGAAGAAGGCUCUGUCAUUCUAGCUGCGGUUCUUGAUGUUGCCAAGACAGAACGCCUUGUUGAUUUAUCUCUGAAAACAGAGUUCAUUGACAGAGCCAGAGAACAAAGUUCAAGCAGCCAGACUCACAAGAAGAAACGCAAAAGAAAAGCAUCCAAGGACUUGGAGGUGCAUCAGACAGUAAAUGCAGUUGUGGAGAUUGUGAAAGAGAAUUACUUGGUUCUUUUGUUGCCAGAGUAUGAUUAUGCUAUAGGAUAUGCAUCUUUAUCAGACUACAACAUACAAAAUUUUCCACUGAAACAAUUUGUAAAUGGACAAAGUGUAAUUGCUACCAUUAUGGCCCUUCCAAGUCCUUCAACUGCUGGGAGGUUGCUUUUGCUUCUUAAAUCUGUUAGUGAAGUCAGUGAGACUUCCAGUUCCAAGAGGUCCAAAAAAAAAUCUGCAUACAGCAUUGGAUCUUUGGUUCAGGCAGAGAUUACUGAAAUUAAGCCUCUGGAACUGAGACUGAAAUUUGGAAUUGGUUUCCAUGGGAGGGUUCACAUAACAGAGGUGAACGAUGAUAAGAAUAAUAUUCCAGAAAAUCCAUUCAGCAACUUUAGAGUUGGGCAAACAGUGACUGCAAGGAUUGUAGCCAAGUCUAAUCAACCAGAUAAUAAGAAAAGCCACCAUUGGGAGCUGUCCAUCAAACCCACACUAGUAACAGGUUCCUCUGAAUUAGAGAGCAAGCUUUUGAGUGAAGAAUUUGAUUUUUCUACUGGGCAAUGUGUCACCGGUUAUGUGUAUAAAGUGGACAGUGAAUGGGCUUGGUUAACAGUAUCUCGAGAAGUGAAGGCUCAGCUUUUUAUCCUUGACAGUGCCUGUGAACCUAGUGAACUUCAAGAAUUCCAGAAAUUCUUACAUGUGGGAAAAGCUGUUACUGGUCAUGUUUUGAGUAUCAAUAGGGAGAAGAAGUUGUUGCGCUUGGUGAGGCUGCCUUUUGGUCAUCAAGGAAGCAAUAAGAUGGAUGAUAAUAAAAUUUCAGAUGAUAAUACUGCAGCUCAUAUAAAUGAAGGAGAUAUUGUUGGUGGCAGGAUUUCCAAAAUACUUCCAGGUGUUGGUGGAUUGGUUGUGCAAAUUGGUCCUCAUAUGUUUGGUAGGGUUCAUUUUGUGGAACUCAAGGAUUCAUGGGUUCAUGAUCCAUUGUCUGGAUAUCAUGAAGGUCAAUUUGUCAAGUGCAAGGUCUUAGAAAUCAGUCGUUCUAUUAAGGGAACCAUUCAUGUUGAUCUUUCGUUACGUUUAUCAUUAGAUGGCAUGCGCGGUCGAAGUUCUUCCGAUCUCUCCAUUGAUGUAGAUACUCCUGGCAAUCGUUUGGAAAAGAUUGAGGAUCUAUCCCCUAAUAUGGCUGUACAGGGUUAUGUUAAGCAUGUUACAUCGAAAGGAUGUUUUAUAUUGCUAUCACGGAAGCUUGAUGCCAAAAUUCUCCUCUCAAAUUUGUCGGAUGGAUUUGUUGAAAGUCCUGAAAAAGAAUUUCCUGUUGGAAAACUUGUGGUUGGCAGGGUGUUAUCUGUGGAGCCUUUGUCGAAGCGGGUUGAAGUUACCUUGAAAACAUUGAAUUCCAGCAAUGCUUCAAAAUCAGAAAUGAAUGAUUUAAGUAGUCUGCAUGUUGGAGAUAUAGUUUCAGGGAGGAUUAAGCGGGUGGAGUCAUAUGGUUUAUUUAUCAUAAUUGACAGAACAACCUUGGUUGGAUUAUGCCAUGUGUCAGAGAUUUCAGAUGAUCGCGUUGAAAAUAUUGACACUAAAUACAGAGCUGGGGAGAAAGUUAUGGUUAAGAUAUUGAAGGUGGAUGAGGAGAAGCGCCGAAUUUCACUUGGGAUGAAGAAUUCGUAUUUUAGUGGUGAUAAUGACCUUCAAAUGCUUUCAGAAGAAGAGACUGACGAAGAUAUUGAAGAAAAUGGUUCUCACAACCAUUCAUCAAUGUUGGACGGCAGUUUACCUGCUGCUGAGGAUAGUGACGAUGAGUCUGAAGAUGGAGAAGAUAUGGUUCUUUCUCAGUCAGAAUCUAGGGCUUCUGUUCCUCCGCUUGAGGUCACUCUUGAAGACAUAGAACAGCCUGACGUGGAUAAUGUAGUUGGUCAGAGCACAGAGCACAUUGAUGAGGCAGAUAACAAGGAUGAGAAGAACAAACGACGUGCAAAGAAGAAAGCAAAGGAAGAGAGGGAGCUAGAAAUUAGGGCUGCCGAGGAAAGACUAUUAGAGAAGGAUGCACCAAAAACUCCAGAUGAAUUUGAGAGACUGGUUAGAAGCUCCCCAAAUAGCAGUUUUGUUUGGAUAAAGUACAUGGCUUUCAUGCUCUCUUUGGCUGACGUCGAGAAAGCCCGCUCUAUCGCUGAAAGGGCUUUGAGAACAAUAAACAUCCGAGAAGAGAACGAGAAGCUAAAUAUAUGGGUUGCUUAUUUUAACUUGGAAAAUGAAUAUGGAAAUCCUCCAGAGGAAGCUGUCGUAAAACUAUUUCAAAAAGCAUUGCAGUAUUUGGAUCCCAAAAAGGUCCAUCUAGCACUCUUGGCCAUGUACGAAAGGACUGAUCAACAUAAAUUGGCUGAUGAGCUUCUUGAGAAAAUGACCAAGAAGUUCAAGCAUUCAUGCAAGGUUUGGUUACGGCGGGUGCAGAGGAUUUUGAAGCAACAAAAAGAUGGAGUUCAGUCUGUGGUACAACGUGCUUUGCUAAGUCUUCCGCGCCACAAACAUAUUAAAUUUAUCUCGCAAACUGCUAUACUUGAGUUCAAAACAGGGGUCCCAGAUAGAGGGCGAUCCAUGUUUGAAGGAAUUUUGCGCGAGUACCCAAAGAGAACAGACUUGUGGAGUAUUUACCUUGAUCAGGAGAUUCGACUUGGAGAUGUUGAUUUGAUUCGUUCACUAUUCGAGAGGGCUACCAGCUUGAGUCUCCCACCCAAAAAAAUGAAAUUCUUAUUCAAAAAGUAUCUGGAGUACGAGAAAUCUGUUGGUGAUGAAUCACGAAUAGAAUAUGUAAAACACAGAGCCAUGGAAUACGUUGAAAGCACACUAGCUUGAUAGUUUCUGGGUUUCUCUUACUUUUCCCUGGUUUUCAUCUUCGGUUUUCAACCAUCCUCGAGUUAUAGCUGUCUGUGCUGUACAGUUGAAAGAAUUUUAUCAAGUUACAAUAAUACAGUUUUGCUUCAUGGCAGUGAAGAGGUGCCAGGUGCCAGAAAAUUAUUACUAACUCAAUUGACACAGGUGCCAGAAAAUUAUUACUAACUCAAUUGACACAGGUGCCGAGAAGAGAACGUUGCAAUUUUGUAGUUGUAGAAAUGAUUUAUGUCAGUUCUGUUAAGUGGAUUUUUGGACUUUUUGUAUUUUAGAGAAUUCAAGUGUAGAUAUUAUUAUUAUUAUAGACGACAAAGAAGAAUUUCUUGUGGUCUUUUUUUAUCCUGUUUUAUG